AUGAUGGAAGAAGAAGAAGAAGGUGACCUAGGUAAAGAUAAUGAUGUAACAAAUGUUGAAUUUCCAGUUUCAAUUUCAGACCCAAAAGGGAAAAAUGUUGUUAUGAAUUCUGAAACUGAGAACAAUGGAAUUGAAGAUGAGGGGGAUGUGGAAGUGGAUAUAAUUGGGAGUUCUGGUUUCAAGGGUGUGGAGAAUAGUUGUAUGGAUUUGGCUGUCGAUGAGAGUUCGAGCUUCAGUUCUUUUGGCGACGCGUGUCCUGGUUCUGCAUUAACUGAUUCUGAUGAGGCUGAAUCGUCGAUUCGUGAUGAACGGAGUAAGGGUUUGCCUCGAUUGAGAAAGAGAAAAAUGACUGAUCAUUGGAAGAAGUUCAUCUUUCCUAUAAAGCAGAGAUGUAAAUGGUUAGAGAUUCAACUGAGGAAACUUAACUCUCAAGCAAAGAAAUACGAAGAAGCAAUUGCGGCAUAUGAUCAACAAAAACAACUUCGGUUUUUGAUUCCUGCGGGAGAUGAUUUUAAUAUCAAGUCACUACCUAAAAUUGAUGGAAUUCAAAGAAAUGAAGUCAUGAUGAGAAAGAAAAGAAAGAGAGUUGAAGAAUGUGAUUUAUCAUCAUAUAUGUCUAACCAUUGUUUAUUCUCUUACUAUGAGAAUAAGAACCGAGAUCAUGAUGUUCCCGUGGAAGAUUCUCGUAAUGAUGUCAUGAGUGAUGUUGAUAAUGCUGAGGAGUUCAAGUUGAAUGAAACGCGGUCUUCUGUAGAUCAUCGUAAAGAAACUGAUAAAUCCUUCCUUGAGUUCAUUGAAAAGAUUGAAGAGUUGUCUUCACAAGUUGUGAACUUGAAAACUCGGAUUAAUACCGUGAUAAAUGAAAAUCCAGGAAAGUUCAGUUCUAUAACUCAAUCGAACACAAUUGGGCCGUCUCAACAUAACUCUGAGCUAUGCGCAGAAGAUCAACCUAUGACGGAUAAUCCGUUAUUAUCUUGUGAAGGUAUAACUCCUUCCAUCGAAGCUGCCAAUACGACUCAGUUUGAGGUUCCAGGGGAAUCCAAGGAAUUAGUUGAGGAGCAAAAACCUAUUUCUCCAGUUCAAGCUUCGGACUCUGUUAAACCGUGUUCAACAUCAAGGUCACCUUUCCCGAAGAACACGAGGACGGUAAGGAAGAGAUCUGGCAAGUAG